AAUGACCAAAUGAGGAGAACUUGGUGCUGUACAGACUGACGCGUGGAGUGAGGUCUUCCCAAGCUAAAGUAAUUUUUGGAACUGCAGAGAUGGUUGGUCCUGGCUACAAAUGGGAACUUGCAGUCAUUCUGAAAUGUAUCCUGGAAUAGUUGUGUUUCUCUGGAACCAAAUCUUAUGAAGUCUCCAAGGAUGACAGUCCCUGCGAAGGCAGUGUUGCCGCUGCGCUGGCUCUUUCUGGCCACCUUGCUGACGGUCUGCUGUCAGCUGAUGUCCGCCUCGAGCCCACCCCCGGGACACGCAGGUCAGCACCACGUCAAGCAGGGGACCUGUGAGGUGGUUGCUGUGCACAGGUGCUGUAACAAAAACCACAUAGAAGAGCGAUCGCGAACAGUCAAGUGCUCUUGCUUCCCGGGGCAGGUUGCUGGCACCACUCGGACUCAGCCUUCUUGUGUUGAAGCUUCCAUCGUGAUUCAGAAAUGGUGGUGUCACAUGGAUCCCUGCUUGGAAGGAGAGGACUGUAAGGUGCUGCCCGAUAACUCAGGUUGGUCCUGUAGCAGUGGCAGCAAAGUCAAAACCACAAAGGCAAGUAGAGACAAAGCAACCGCAGCCCCGCUGACCGUGGUCCCCUCGUUUGGCCCGGCCGCCAAGAACACUGUGCUACUUUAG